ACCCCCGCCCCGCUCGCCCCGCCCCAGGAAGCGGAAGGAGAGUCGCGCUGUCGGAGCUGGGGCGGCCGUGAUGGCGGCGCCUCACGGGAUGGGGCUGCCCGACCCCUCCUUCCUGUGGAACGUCUUCCAGAGGGUUGAUAAAGACAGGAGUGGAGUGAUCUCAGACACGGAGCUUCAGCAGGCACUGUCCAAUGGCACAUGGACUCCAUUCAAUCCAGCAACAGUCAGGUCAAUUCUCGGCAUGUUUGACAGAGAAAACAAAGGCGGUGUGAAUUUCAAUGAAUUCACGGGAGUCUGGAAGUACAUCACAGAUUGGCAGAACGUCUUCCGAACGUAUGACAGGGACAAUUCUGGAAUGAUUGACAAAAGUGAACUAAAGCAAGCACUAACAGAAGUAUUUCCCCGUAUGGAGGAAAUGAAAGCGCACUUGCUGGUUACCGGCUGUCUGAUCAGUUCUACGAUACCCUUAUUCGGAAGUUUGACAGACAAGGAAAAGGCCAAGUUGCUUUUGAUGACUUUAUUCAGUGCUGUGUUGUUUUACAGAGGCUGACUGAUGUAUUCCGACGGUACGAUACUGAUCAGGAUGGCUGGAUUCAGGUGUCCUACGAGCAGUACCUCUGCAUGGUCUUCAGCAUUGUAUGAUAUCGACACCUGGGAAUCCCGCACUGGCAUUACACAGACUGGAGCUGCCAAAUCAUCAUGUACUGAAUAAGGUUAUCGAUGUAUUGUAACGGAUAUAAUUUCGCAGUGGUAAAUUUUGUAUGUACAUCAGUCAUUGCUUUCAGAAUCAAUGUUUGUUUUUGUGUUCUACAACUCUAAGAUCAGCCAUAUCGUGCUUACUGUAGCACAGAAAGCACAGAGUCUAGAUGUAACUAGAUGGUGCCGUGUCAAACCUAACUUAACUUUCUUCCACAUAUCCUGCAUGGGGACAGAGGACACUUUAGAAACGCCAAAUUCAAUUAACGCUUGUUAGUUUGUAAGAGGAAAACCUCAGAAGUUGCACAACAUGUUUUGCAUGUGCCUUACUUUUCUAAGAGUCUGAUGUAUUAAUUUUUAAUACAGAACUUAAAAUUAAGUAAAAAUGUGAGACCAACACA